AUGGGUCAAAUUUCAUUUUUUGCCGAGCUUCAACAUACCAUUCUGGCAUUUGCAUUGACUAGAAAUCAUCCAUUGACAAUUAUCAUGAGCAGUCAUACCACCACUAUCAACAGUGCUGCUUCUCAAGAGUUGGAAAACUACCAGUUUCAACUUGACCAAGUCAAUGAAGCACUUAAACGAGACCCAACCAAUGAAGAAUUACUUAAACUCAGUCAUGAUCUUGCAGAAGUUGUUUCGCUCUUUCAACUGCAGACAUCUGCUGCACUACUACCAUCACCCGCCACAUCUACAAACCCAGCUAGUUCUGCUCCUGUUAAGCGACAUGUUCCUUCUUGGGCUCAACAUCGCAACCCUUCCAAAUCCAACAGUUCUGGUGUUGAUGGCAGUCAGACAUGGCAAGCUGGACAGAUUGUCCUUGCCCGGUGGACAGACGACCAGUUUUAUGAAGCAAGAGUGGUUGGCUUGAAUACUGUCGCUACAUCAGAUAAUGUCAUUUAUGAUAUUGUUUUUACUGGGUUUGAAACGGUCGAGCAGGUGAGUGUGGAUUCAAUCAAGCAGCCAUUGGGAACUGUAGAGGGACAAAUAAAAACAUCAGUAUCUGCAAAAUCUACUUCAGUGAAUGCAUUAACAAGUGCUAUAGGCGAUGGCAAUAAGCAAUUUAAGAAAAAAAAGGCCAAGCGAGACGGACCAGGCAAAGUCGAGUCUGAGCAACUGGAAAGACAGAAUGCAUGGCUCAAGUUUGCUGGUAAAUCAGAUGGAGGAACUGUUGCCAAGAAAAAAGCUCCUUUGAACGGAUCGGGUGGUGACAAGUCAUCUUGGCAAUCUAUAGGCUUGAAGCGUAAAAGCAUGUUUUCCACUCCAGACGAUCCCAAUGCUCGUGUUGGUGUCAUUGGCAGUGGUAAACCAAUGACUCAAUUUCAAACCAGAGGCCGCCAUGUAUUUUCUAAAGAUGACUAA